AUGCUCUUGGGGCUGCUGCUGGUCUGCACCUGCGUGAGUCUCUGUGGGCUGGCGGUCGGAAGCAGUCCCAGCUUCUACUCAGAGGUCGAAGGCAAGACGAGUAUUUUCGUCCGCCUACCGUUCUUCUUUGUCACCCAGGCACUCUUCAAUGAACUUUGCCUUGGACUGGGCCUCCAGCUGGCCCGCUGGAUCCGUGGCGAUGAAGGCAAUUUGCCUUGGCAUGCCACCAAAGAUGAAGCGAUCCAGCACGACACGAAGAUUCCCUGGCCGGCCGGCGAGAUCCCGGAGGCCCUGCAGAAAUACCGCGGAAAGCCAGGACAGCCCUUCUUCCUCAACCAUGUGACCGGCCGCCAGCGAUGCAAGGAUGCGUGCAUGCGGUUGGGGAUGGGCGUUGGCGCUCUUUUGGGCGUCUGGUUUAUGUGCAGAUGCAUGGACAGAAGAGAUCUGUCAUCAUUGGGCUUCACGCUGGAUAGCCCAUUUUUCCAAGAUGCGGUUGCCGGCCUAAUGGUCGGCGUCACCAUCGUCUCGUUUAUGUUUGCCGUCGAGCUCGUGGCAGGGUGGGUAAUCUUCCUGCGGUGGUUCGAAGUCUUCGACAAAUCUGAAAAUUUUGCCGUCUGCAUUUUCUGGGACGUCCUCUUCCAUUUGAAUGUUGCGGUGAACGAGGAGCUUCCUGUUCGCGGAUGGCUUCUGUAUAACAUUGCCGAAGCGAGUAUGGCACACUGGCAGUUGCCGGCCACGGCGGCAUUUCUGUUCGCCAUGGUGUUGGAAUCCGUGUUCUUCGUGCUGAUGCACCUGCCGUCGCCCGGAGGAACACGCCCUCUGAGCAUGAUCAACAUUUUCGUCGGGGGGAUGGCUGGCGGGCUCAAUGUGCUGCUCACCGGCGGCCGCCUGGGUUUCGCCCUCGGCUGGCACUUCGGCUGGAACAUCUCAAUGGGCAAUGUCUUCGGCAUGAGCACGAGUGGCAUUCCCAUUUCAGCCACUUUCAUCUCGGUGCUGCCUCAUCCGGAGAAGGAGACCUACCAUGGUGGCGUGUUUGGCCCAGAAGGUGGCGUGGUCUCGCCGGCGGCCUACUCGCUGGGUGUCCUUCUGCUCGUGUUGAUCUACGGAUUGCCUGAGAACAUGGCGACGGCGCUGAUAGCGCACGACUGGCCUCUGUUGGAUGCUGUCGCGGCCUCUUCCAUUGCGCGCUGCAGUGAGUUCGAAGGGCAGGACUGGCCGUUCCUUUGGCGUUGA